ACCGACUCCUGUUCCUGCCUGUGGCGGUGGCCUUGUCUUCUUUUCCCGUUCGCCGCCGCCGCUGCCUGCAUCCCGUUCCUCAGACGACUAGCCGCGCAUCCAUCCAGGUGUCCCAUCCAUCCGCCGAAUCGCCGCCGUGCGAGACCCCUGCUCCUCCUCUCCGCGCCAACAGCUAUCCACGAGUUGGAGGGCUUCAAGAAGACGCUACUGCUGCAACCAUGAGCACCAUGAAGUUUUGCCGUGAGUGCAACAACAUCCUGUAUCCCAAGGAAGACAGGGACAAGCGCACCCUCUUCUUCGCAUGUCGCAACUGCGAGCACCAGGAGGUCUCUGACUAUAACUGUGUCUAUCGGAACGAGGUGCACCACACUGCUGGAGAGAGAACACAGGUCUUGCAGGAUGUAGCUUCUGACCCAACUCUUCCCAGAACCAAGACCGUCCGAUGUGCUCUCUGUGGGCAUGGAGAGGCUGUUUUCUUCCAGGCUACAGCAAGAGGGGAGGAGGGGAUGACCCUGUUCUUUGUGUGCUGCAGCCCUGAUUGUGGUCAUCGGUGGAGGGAAUGAUGUGACUUGAGUAUCUAUCCGUACCCUCAAUGUAGCAUGCUCUGGAACUCAGCUUUUAAUAGUUGUUCCAUUAGAGCUCGAAACCGAACUUGUAGAACUUGAAACUAUGAAUUUGCAGGUCUUACAUAUCCUAGGGAUAAUGAGGGAAUGCUUGUCCAAUAUUAUUAGUUCUUUGAUACAUGUAGCUGCACGGCGUGGUUGCAUAUGCCUGCUAGGCUGCUACAAGUAUGUUGUGCUUGUACUUCAGGCCAUGCAGAUGGGAUCCUGUUCUUUUAAAAGAGCAAGCAAAUUGAUCCUUCUUAGAAAAGAAAACAAAUAUGUUGGCAUAAAUAUGACAGGUUGUGACCAGAGUUUGUGAACUACCAUUGCCAGGACUGGGGCUUC